AUGGGGAAUAAUUCAAGUUCUAAAUAAAAUGUUAAGCAAGAACAAGAACCAUAAAUUAAGAAUCAAGUGCCUGUUAGUUCAAUUACAUAUAAUUUAUUGUAUGAGAUAGAAUAAAAAGAGGAUUGUUAAGCUUUAUCUUUUAACAAGUAAGGAACUCUUUUGGCUACAACAUGUAAAUCAGAUAUUAAGAUAUGGAAGGUGGAUUAAGGAAAAUUAAUUGAUUAGAACAUAAUUCUAAAAGGACAUACAUCAUUAGUAAGAUGUUUAGUGUUUAGUCAUAAAUAAAAUUGGUUGAUAUCUGGAGGAGAUGAUUUAUAAAUUCGAUGUUGGAAGGAAUAAAAACAAGAUAAUAAUGCAAUUAAUUGGAUAUGUUCAUAGCCAUUUAAAAUACAUUUAAAUUAUGUUUACAAUAUUAUUUUGAAUUAAAAUGAAGAUGAAUUAAUAUCGUGUGGAGCUGAUCAUUCAAUUAAAGUAUGGAAAGCAAAUGCAUUAGAGAAUUCAAUAGAGUUUUGUUAUUCAUUAGAUUAACAUUAACAUUUUGUUUACUAAAUCAGUUUAAAUUCUAAUGAGACUUAAUUAGUAUCUUGUAGUAUGGAUAAACAAAUUAUCAUAUGGAAAAAGGAUGAAAAUAAACACUGGAAAUUUAAUAAUAAAAUUGAAAAAUCAAUAGACGAUUAUGGCUUUCGAGUAGGAUUUCUAACUGAUAAUUUGAUAGCUUGGACAUAAUAUUAAUAGGGUUAUCUACACAUUUUUAAAUAAGAAAAUGAAAAUUUUAUAGAAAUACCAAAAAUGAAGAUUUCUCUUAAAUCACAAAAUUAGUAAGAUAUAUAUAUUUUGUUUCCCUUAAUAUUUAACAAAGAAAAAUAACUUAUGAUACUACGUCAUAACAGAUAUGUUACACUUUUUGAAUUAGGUUAAAAUGAAUAGUUAAGUAUAGUUGGAGAACCUAUUGAUUGCUAAAGCAGUGAUAAUUAUGGAACUUUGUCAGAUGAUGGAAAAUAUUUGGUAAUUUGGAAUGAUGCCAAUAAGUAAUUGAAAGUUUAUUUAAUAUAAUAUCCUUGA